AAAACAGAUCGCUAGCUCCUUACUCCCUCAUGUCAUUGCCUUGUCGUUUCAGGAAAAAAAAUUCCUCCUUAUUUUCUGUUUAACCAAACACUCUCCUUCACUUCUCUUUCACGCGAAAUUAACAUGAGGGGGACUGGGAUUUUUUCGGUCGUCCUGUGUCUGGUUAUUUUCCCUCGUUUUCUAUCGGGGAAUUCGGAUCCCCCGCUCGCUCCGGCGUUGUAUGUUCUUGGUGAUUCGUUGUUGGACAGUGGAAACAACAAUUUCUUGCCAACUUUGGCUAGGGCAGAUUUCCAGCCCUAUGGUGUGAAUUUCCCCGGAGGAGCUACUGGCAGAUUCACCAAUGGUAGAACGGUCGCGGAUUUUAUAGCUGAAUUUCUUGGGCUACCAAUGUCUCCGCCGUUCAUGAGUUUCCGGAAUUCGCGAACGCUCACCGGACUGAAUUACGCGUCCGCGUCGUGCGGCAUUCUACCCGAAACCGGAAGCUACAUUGGUAAAUGCUUAAAUUUGGAUGAUCAAAUUGGUUUGUUUGGGAAGACAGUUAAAAAUGAAUUAACUAAGCACCUCGGCAGCUCAGAAGUGCUCUCAGACUAUUUAUCAAAGUCAAUAUUUCUGGUCUCCACAGGGAACAAUGACUACAUCAACAACUAUCUGCAACCCAAUUUGUAUGACUCAAGCUCACGUUACUCGCCUCACUCAUUUGCCCAACUUCUCACUGAUUCUCUGUCCCACAAACUUGAGAGAUUAUACAAAUUAGGGGCCAGAAAAAUGGUAGUGUUUGAAAUAGGUCCAGUUGGAUGCAUUCCCUCAAUUAUAAGGCAAUACAAACACAAGGGACAAUGUGUUGAAGAAAUCAACAGAUUUGUAUCUCUGUUCAAUGCUCAACUCGGUACGAUUCUGAAGAACUUGACAUCCAAUCUCCCUGGAUCAGCCUUCGUCCUUGGCCAUGUUCACUGGCUCGGCUAUGAUGCCAUCAUGCAUCCCUCUAGAUAUGGAUUAGGAGAUGUGGGUGACCCAUGUUGUACAACAUGGGCAAAUGGAACAUCAGGAUGCAUUCCAGAGCUACAACCAUGCACCCCCACAGACAAUCACUACUUUUGGGAUGCUUUUCAUCUCACUGAAGCUGUGUAUUCGGUCAUCGCCGCACGUUGUAUCAACGAUACCUCUGUUUGCAUCCCUACAACUAUCAAGGCACUUGUACAAAUUUGAAUUUUUUUUUUUUCGGAGUUGUCUACGCACACAACUUUAAAACACAACUCUAGACGCAACUGCGUCCCAAACCGUUUGAUGCACGUGGACCCGUGUGCGUCCAAUAGUCGCGGAUGCAGUGGUGUCUGGAGUUGCGUUUUAAAGUUGUGUGCGUAAUAUUGCUCGUCGUCGUGUAAUUCGAGCAUCUCCCUAAUCGUAGUAUUUUACAGCUGAGGUAUUUGUGUAGCAUGUAAUUAAACAUGUGUAGAAGCCUGUAUUUUGCACUGUUUUAAUGUUAGCAUUCCUAUUGAUUUCCUU